UUUGCAGUGCAGGGAGGACGCCGGGGCUUGCCUUCUCUCCUCUGCCGCCGCCGCCGCCGCCAUGAUUCCGGUGUCGCUGGUGGUGGUGGUGGUGGGUGGCUGGACUGUUGUCUACCUGACCGACUUGGUGCUGAAGUCAUCUGUCUAUUUUAAACAUUCUUACGAAGACUGGCUGGAAAACAAUGGAUUGAGCAUCUCCCCUUUCCACAUAAGAUGGCAAACUGCUGUUUUCAAUCGUGCCUUUUACAGUUGGGGACGGCGGAAAGCGAGGAUGCUUUACCAAUGGUUCAAUUUUGGAAUGGUGUUUGGUGUAAUUGCCAUGUUUAGCUCAUUUUUUCUCCUUGGAAAAACGCUGAUGCAGACUCUGGCGCAAAUGAUGGCUGACUCUCCCUCUUCUUAUUCUUCCUCCUCUUCUUCAUCCUCUUCCUCUUCGCUUCACAAUGAACAGGUGUUACAAGUUGUGGUUCCUGGUAUAAAUUUACCCGUCAAUCAACUGACUUAUUUCUUCGCUGCAGUUCUCGUCAGUGGUGUUGUACAUGAAAUUGGACAUGGGAUAGCAGCUAUUAGGGAACAAGUUCGAUUUAAUGGCUUUGGGAUUUUUCUCUUCAUUAUUUAUCCUGGAGCAUUUGUUGAUUUGUUCACCACUCAUUUGCAACUUAUAUCGCCAGUCCAGCAGCUAAGGAUAUUUUGUGCAGGUAUCUGGCAUAAUUUUGUCCUUGCACUCUUGGGUAUUUUAGCUCUUGUUCUCCUUCCAGUAAUUCUCUUACCAUUUUACUACACUGGAGUUGGGGUGCUCAUCACUGAAGUUGCUGAGGACUCUCCUGCCAUUGGACCCAGAGGCCUUUUUGUGGGAGACCUUGUCACCCAUCUACAGGAUUGUCCUGUUACUAAUGUGCAAGAUUGGAAUGAAUGUUUAGAUACCAUCGCCUAUGAGCCCCAAAUUGGUUACUGUAUAAGUGCAUCAACUUUACAGCAGUUAAGUUUCCCAGUUAGAGCAUACAAACGGCUAGAUGGUUCAACCGAAUGCUGUAACAAUCACAGCCUCACAGAUGUGUGCUUCUCCUACAGAAAUAAUUUUAAUAAGCGUUUGCAUACAUGUCUUCCUGCCCGGAAAGCAGUUGAAGCGACCCAAGUUUGUAGAACCAACAAAGACUGUGAAAAAAGCUCAAGUUCAAAUUUCUGUAUAAUACCUUCUUUGGAAACUCACACCCGCUUAAUAAAAGUAAAACACCCACCUCAAAUUGAUAUGUUAUAUGUAGGACAUCCUCUGCAUCUUCACUACACAGUGAGCAUCACUAGUUUUAUCCCACGUUUCAACUUUCUAAGCAUAGAUCUGCCAGUGGUUGUGGAGACAUUUGUCAAGUACCUGAUUUCCCUCUCAGGAGCUCUGGCUAUUGUUAAUGCAGUACCCUGCUUUGCUUUGGAUGGACAAUGGAUUUUAAACUCUUUCCUGGAUGCCACCCUUACCUCAAUGAUUGGAGACAAUGAUGUCAAAGAUCUAAUAGGGUUUUUCAUCUUGCUGGGUGGCAGUGUACUUUUGGCUGCCAAUGUGACCCUGGGACUCUGGAUGGUUACAGCACGGUAAUGUUUGCACUCAUAUGGCAGAAUCCCUGAGUUACAGUAUAUAGUAUGUGGUAAUGUCCAUUGCCAUUGAAAUUCUUGGCAUGAAAUAUAAAGUGUUUCCUUAAAAUUACAUCUUUGCCAACAACCCUGAGCUCCUCCCAUAUCCAGAGUACUCAAACUCUGCGGUGGAAGAUAAGCAGAAGAAAUGAAAGGCAUAGUCCCUGACUACAUUCUAAUUUAGAGACUGAAUGUACCCAGUUGCUUGUGGAAUAAUAUCUGAACAGGUGCAAAUUCAUGCAAUACCAUUUUGUGUGAUUAUGUAUUGUGUUGAAAUAGUAUAAAGGAGAAUAGAACUGGGUGGAAUUAAUAGGGAAACACUUCUUACAAAAGCAUCAUUAAUCAAAAUUUGAAGGAAAUUAGACUUUGGCCAAGUGGAAGGAUGACCAUUUUCUUGGCCUCAAUAUCUUGUCCUUUGUCUUGUUUGAAAAGUAUUUUAAAAUUUAAUGGUGUAUUAUUUUGUUCUCUGAAAACUGAGGUCUGAUUAUAAUUAGUAAAAUUCUAUAGAAGAAUCUGCUGAUGUGAAAGGGAAAAAUCUUUGUUAAAUGAUACCAAAUAAAUGAACAAAAUAGGAAGUAGGACCUAUGAUAUCAUGAGACAUGUUUUGCCCCACAAGAAUUGCAUCUUUGAUAAGGUGUCUCUGCCCCCUCACAAAGCAUACUAGCUUUGACAUCCACAGUGAGCUGCAGGAAGUGUCUCACACCAGCAGCAUGUGAGCUGAGGGAGGCAGUUAGGGUUGAACCUCAGAACUAGACCAGGUCUCCUGACAGAUCACAAGACACCCCAGAGGCUCUUCAGUAGUCCUGCUUCCCAUUCUCUAUAGAGCUUUGAAGCUUGGACCCCUUCCAGGGUAAACAUUUUCUCUUGUGCUGCUAAGGCCAUUUGGGGCCUAGGUCCUGGGUUCCUGUCUCCAAGAAGCAAUGACCUUAAACUCUGAGCCAUACUCUGUCCUCACCAGCGACUCCCAUGUUUCUCUGUGUCAGGUUAUUAAGUACCUAGUCCUUGCUUUCUGUCUCUCCCCUAAGCUACCUCUCUGGGUCCACAGAAGACUUAGUAGUAUAGUGAGAAUGGCUAUACAUGAGUACAGAUGUGGAUUUGCCAGAGCCUGGCAAAUGUAAGAAGACUUAGUAGUAUAGUGAGAAUGGCUAUAUAUGAGUACAGACGUGGAUUUGCCAGAGCCUGGGAACUGACUCUUGAGCCCAGAGGAGCCACACCUGGUUCGAGGGCUUUUGGAGUGGAGAUGCAGCCCUGGGAAAUUUGGGAAGUCAGCAGGCUAGUGUGAAGCUAUUGGUUUCAGAAGUAUUUGAGCUUGCUGUUUCUUUGAUGAAAAAUACAUGCUUCUCUCAUAUACUCAGAAGUGAUUAAGGGCAAUAACUCAUUAAUAGCCAGGUAUCCAACUUCUUUACUGAGGUAUUCCAUGAGGUUACCUUUUACAGAUCAUUGAGUUAUUCUUUAAGCACUAAAAUUUUUUAAUCAUUUUUAAGAAACUUUUUAGAUUGUAUUACAAAUUUGCCUUCUUAAUAGAAAUUGUAUAUUGAGUAUAAUUUUAACAUUUUAUUAAUGACUUGAGUCAUCAGUUAAUAUCAGUACUAAAGCCAUGUGAAUUAUUGGUUUAUUCCAGAAAAUAUGGCGUUUGUUCUAUUUUUAGGUAGACAGUCGUUUGGGAUCAGAGUAUAUUAGCAUAGUAAUGCUCAGACCUGUUCAAGUAGUAGAGCUUGGAGAAUGCCAGGAAAUACUUAUAUAACUAAUUUAAUUGCAUGUACUAAGCAGUUUACUAAUGAAAAGGUUGUAUAUGUGCAAGUCUGUUUUUUUUAAAUGGUGAAAAAAUUUUAAUAGAAGAAAUCUUAUUCAUUAAUUUAUUUUUCUGAGUAGAAAAACAAAACCCAAAUAUCAUUUUAUUUCAGCUGUUAAACACUUUGGUCUGUUGAUCCGUAGGAUCAGGGUUUGGGAACCACUUUACUAGGAAAGAGCAGAUCAGUCAGUACCAUUUGUAUAAAACUGGCCUCAUUAAGAAAGAAAAUGUUAUGUGUUGUCUUGUUUAGCUUAGUUGUGGGUACUUCUACAACAAGGACCAUAUCAUAUUCAUCUUUGCAUCCCUGGCACAGUGCAUGAGAUAUAAGUACUUAAUAAAUGCAGUUGAGUGAAUAAUGAUUAGUGUUAUUUAUGGAUUAGAAAAAGCAUGUUUCUAUUUAAGUAAGCUGUAAAAAGUAUUAUCGAAUAUUUACUGUAAAUAUAUGUUAACAUAAAAAAACUUUGAAGGCCUUUGUGUCCCUGGCAGAAUAUCAUCUUUAUGGAAAGAAUGUACUUUGGUUUCUGUGGAGUGAUUGGAAAAAUGAGUUAUUUUGAGGAUUGAAGAAAGUGUUCUUUCUGUGUUGUAACUUUGUUCAACAGUAAAACUUUAUUCUCAGUGUUCCUACUCUGCAUUGUUUACAUUUUUGAGAGUUUUUUUAAAAUCACCUACAAUCUGUAAAGAAUGUAUAUAUUCUUUUCAGCAUCUCAGUUUGAAAAGACAUGCAGUUAAACUUGACCUUUUGAUAAUCGCUCUUACAGGUCAUUGUCUUUUCUAACAGCAAAUUAUAAACAUGUGCUUCAUAGAUAUUGUGGCUCUCAGUCAUCAUUUUGUCCUAUGGUAUUUAUUGAAUGUUCACAUACUAAUGGUGCACAGGUAUUUUUUUCUACAAAUCUUCUGACUGUUCUGUAAUUCAUUCUUAAACUUUAACUUGAAGAUAUCGUAAUAUCCAGCGUUGGAUGUUUAGCAAUAAAAGAAUAAAUGUGUACUAGCAUUUUAUGUUUA